AUGUGUGGACGGAUGGUCCGGCAAAAGGUUUCGGACAGAAGCGAGAUCCGCUGUGAACUCGAGAAGGGCUUCUUGGGGUAUCUUUUGGGCAGCAUCAAGACUGCAAUGUUUAUCAAUUUUCGCGAGUUCUGCCUCCCACCUGCAGCGUUAGGCAACACAACCGGUACAUGCCCUUCUCUAGCAGACUGGAUAGUAACGCAUAGUCGGGCCUUAUGGCUUUGA